CAUUUCAUGAGAAAUGAAACUCACCCUCAGCAUAUAAAGCCUGCCCAGUCGUCCAGAGCCCAGUAGACAGAGAGAUGGGGCUGUUAACGUUCGUGGCUUUGGGAGGAGGAGCAGUGGUUGGUUUGGUCGGGGCUCCUAUUGUUCUGGGGGCCGUAGGUUUCACCUCAGUUGGGAUAGCAGCAGGCUCCUAUGCUGCGAGCAUGAUGUCGGCUGCUGCUGUCGCUAACGGGGGAGUAGUGACCGCCGGAAGCACAGUGGCUGUUUUGCAGGCAAUGGGUGCAGCUGGUUUGACAGCAGCUGCCAAUGUGGCUGCAGCCACCGCGGGAGCAGGCGUCGGAGGAGCUGCGUUAGGACUGGCUGCACUUAUUUGAAAAUCAUGAAGGAUCAAUUUACAUUUUUAAGCACUUUUCUUCUUCAACUUAUGCCAAUUAGGAGGCAAUUGGAAAUUACACCACUACCUUUACAGCACUUGUGUAAUCUCGGACAAUUUAAAUGUUUUGUUCAAUAAAUCUGCGUAACAUCA